AUGGCUGGCCAUACUAGCGUACAGGAUAGGCGUUCUAUUUAUUCAGAGAUUUUUGGAUUGGAGAGACGUCCCAAUACCCUCGAUCCCAGAUAUCACGGUGAGAUCGAGCAAGAUCACACGUCUGCGUUAUUUGAUGGUUUACCAGACAAAAUUGAGAAUAUUGAUCGAUUAGAUGACGUUGUCUCUGAAGAGAUCAGUAAUGAUGUUGUCGCUGACAAGAAUGAAGCCGUGAAGAAUAAAGAUGGUUACAUACUGUCCCACAGAACACAUAUGAGGAAAGUCUCGGAUACUCAGAGUAUUAUGAGCGGAGAAAACACACCGAGGAAUAGUCCUAAGAAGUAUCAAGCAAAUGUCACCUCACCAUCGAUACCUGAAAAGUCCACACAUAGGCCUCCUCCAAUCCCAUUGACUCAACCCUCGACGGAUGAAGAAUCACCGCCUACUUCUUCAGAUUCCUCGCAAUCCACUAUACGAGAUGCACCUCACCGGUCCCAGAGUGAUUUUAUACCUCGUAGGACUCCUUCGCUGCCGCAAUUGUCAAUUCCAGGGUUGAGGAAACAGUCAAGUUUCUCAACUUCUAAUGACAACACACCGACACAGUCCAAAAGGUCCCCUUUACAAGGCUUUGGGUUCUUUUCAAGGCAUAACUCUAAAGAAAUUCAUGAGCAUCAUCCAUCCAUUCAUCCUCAACAUCAACACAUACAGCAACAGCAGCAUUAUCACUCAUCACAUACGCCGGAUCAACCAUCGGGGCCUGGUCUCACCUCAAGAUCGAUGUCUCUAAAUUCGUCAGCUUUGAAGAAUUUGGCUUCUUCGAUGCAAUCAAAAUCUGGCAGUAGUAGAAAAAUUGCCCAAAAAUACGACGCUUCCAAUAAUCCGUUCCUUGAAAACCAUUCAUUAAGCUAUCAUGGAACAGGCUCUGGAGCUUAUGAUAACAAUAAUAAUAAUAAACAUGCAUUCAACAACAAAAACAAUAACUCCUCAAUGGGUUUAGGACUAAAAACACGGAAUUCGUCUACUUCUUUGACCUCAAAGAGAUUUACUUCGGGAUCGGUGUCCAGUAUAUUAUACGAUCGUCGCAGCAGCGCGUCUUUACCUUCAUCCAAACCAAUUCUCAGUGCUUCGAUGAAGAAGCCGCAAGUAUAUCCAGCAUUAUUAUCCAAAGUAGCAACGAAAUUCAAAGGAUCUAUCCAAGUGGGGGAACAUAAGAAGGACGGGUUGAUUUAUCGAGAUGCCUUUACAGGUCAACAAGCUGUCGACGUCAUUUGUACGAUCAUCAGAACAUCAGACCGGAACCUUGCAUUACUAUUGGGUAGGUCUUUAGACUCUCAAAAGUUGUUUCACGACGUUGUUUAUGAACAUAGGCUACGAGAUUCACCACAUGAAGUUUAUGAAUUUACCGACAGUUCAAGGGUUAUUGGUACAGGUACCACUGGAGUUGUUCCGCUGAACGCUUGCGAUCCCUUAAUGCUACUACCAAGCUCUUCUCAGGUCAAUAAUGUUCCAUAUUCUGCUUCAACUAUCGUUACUUCUGGGUCAGCUUCAUCAUUUGGUAGUGAAAAAACUAGCUCUCAUCAAAGUAAAGGACACCAAGACCCGGCCUCGAUGCAUAAUGUCAAUGGGGUCUUCACUUUACUUGCUGACUGUUACUCUGCAACUUGUACCCGUGAUCAACUAUGCUAUUCGAUAUCAUGUCCUAGAAGGCUUGAGCAGCAGGCAAGGUUGAAUUUAAAGCCUAAUGGAGGACUGAAGCGUAAUAUAUCCAUGGCGCUAGACGAUGAAGAAGAGGAGAAACCAUCCUGGACCUCUUCGGUUCCGGAAGAAAUUUGGAAGAACUUGGCGAAGAAAGAGAUCAAAAGACAAGAGACCAUCUACGAGGUUUUCAUAACAGAAAAGAAUUUUGUCAAGUCACUCGAAGUGACUAGGGAUACUUUUAUGAGAACUUUGGCAGAAACUAAUAUCAUUCCUUCUGACAUCAGAAAAAAUUUCAUCAAGCAUGUCUUUGCACACAUAAAUGACAUAUACUCCGUGAAUCGGAGAUUUUUAGAGACCCUCUCAGACAGACAAAAGAGUUCACCAGUGGUGAAAGGCAUCGGGGAUAUCAUUUUACGUUUCAUUCCCUUCUUUGAGCCCUUCGUGUCCUACGUCGCUUCCAGACCAUACGCAAAGUAUUUAAUCGAAACGCAAAGAUCUGUCAAUCCAUAUUUUGCGAGAUUCGACGACGACAUGAUGAGCUCUUCUUUAAGACAUGGUAUAGAUUCAUUCCUGUCGCAAGGUGUUUCAAGACCAGGGCGGUAUAUGUUACUAGUCAAAGAGAUUAUGAAAUCAUCCGAUCAAGAGAAAGACAAAAGAGACUAUGAUAAUCUGAGCCGAGCUUUGGAGGCUCUUCGUGGUUUCAUGAAACGAAUCGAUCGAGCAAGCGGUGCUGCGCAAGAUAGACAUGAUGUUAAGCUAUUGAAACAAAAGAUCCUUUUUAAAAAUGAAUAUGUCAACUUGGGCUUAAAUGACGAAAAGCGUAAGAUCAAGCAUGAAGGUGUACUGUCAAGAAAGGAGCUGUCGAAAUCAGAUGGAUCGGUUGUAGGUGAUAUUCAGUUCUAUGUGCUGGACAAUAUGCUUUUAUUCUUAAAGGCAAAAUCAGUCAACAAAUGGCACCAACAUAAAGUUUUUCAAAGGCCCAUACCAUUACCUCUACUUUUCGCUUGUCCAGCAGAAGAUAUGCCACCAUUGAAGAAAUUUAUUGGUACCAAGCCCGAUUGUUAUGGUACCGUGCUUCAACCUGAAUAUUCAACAAAUAAUCCGAAAAAUGCGAUCACUUUUCUGUACUACGGUGCGAAGCAGAAGUACCAGGUAACUCUGUAUGCUGCACAGUUUGCUGGUUUACAAACUCUGCUGGAGAAAGUCAGACAGGAGCAGGCGCGUAUCGUUGGCCAGACAGAAAUGUUUAACGUCACCAAAAUUAGUGAUAAGUUUUUCGACUACACUAACAAAAUCAAUAGCGUUGCAUCGUGUGACGGGGGACGUAAGCUGCUAAUCGCUACAAACUCGGGGCUCUACAUGAGCAACAUCAAGAGAACACAGAAUAAGGAAACUGGAAAAAGAUCCACUUAUUUCUCAACACCGGUGCAACUUGUGCAAAGGAAUAAUAUCAGUCAAGUGGCAGUCUUGGAAGAAUUCCAGUCCAUCUUGUUAUUGGUUGACAAGAAAUUAUACAAGUGUCCAUUGGCGUUACUCCAAGUUGAAGGCAAUGGGAAUGGUUUCUUCAAGAAACACAGUAAGGAACUCGUAAAUCAUGUAAAUUUCUUUGCUGAAGGAGAUUGCAAUGGUAAGAGACUGGUGGUUACAGCGCAUAGCUCUUCGCAUUCGAUAAAAUAUUUCGAACAUGAACAUCCGCUGCUAUCAGAAACUAGUGGCAGCAGCAGCAAAAGCUCAAAACGAAAGAUAACAGAAGUUGUUUUUGACUCCGAACCAGUAUCCAUAUCUUUCCUUAAAGCCAAUUUGUGUAUUGGCUGCAAGAGAGGUUUCCAAAUUGUCAGCGUUUCGCAAAAUGCACAUGAAUCCCUACUGGACCCAGCCGAUACAUCUCUCGAUUUCGCAUUACGCGACACAUUGAAACCGAUGGCAAUCUACAGGGUCGGAGAUAUGUUCCUGCUAUGUUAUGCUGAAUUUGCGUUCUUCGUCAACACUCAAGGUUGGAGAAAGAAGGACUCGCACAUUAUACAUUGGGAGGGAGAACCACAAAAGUUCGCCAUUUGGUACCCAUAUAUCCUGGCAUUCGACAGCAGCUUCAUCGAGAUUAGAAAAAUUGACACCGGUGAGCUGGUAACCUGCGUACUAGCCGAAAAGAUACGACUCUUACAAACAAGUUCCCAAGAAAUUCUUUACGUCUACGAGGACUCUCGCGGUUAUGAUACCGUCGCUUCGCUUGAUUUCUGGGGUUAA